AUGUCGAGAGUCGCGGCGGCGGAAUCGGCGAAGCGGCAGCCGCUGCUGACGGCGACGGCGUCGCCGAGCCAGUGCGGAAGGAGGGGGAGCAGGGUGGGGGAGACGGCGGGGGAGUGCGCGGCGGUGUGCUGCUGCUGCCCCUGCGCAAUGGUGCACCUCCUGAUCCUCGCCGUGUUCCGCCUCCCGAGGGGGCUGUGGCGGAAGAAGAAGCGGAAGAUGCUGCUGAGGAAGAAGAAGCGGCGGAAUUCGCUGGAGGCGGCGGCGGACGAGCGGCGGAGAUCGGAUUCGAUCGGCGGCGGCGAGGCGGAGGAAGAGGAGGAGGAUCGGGGGAAUGAAAACGACGUCGUUGACUGGGAUAAUGAGGUGUGGGACCGGUUCUACGGCGCUGGGUUUUGGAGGAGCGCGUCGCAGAGACGCGACGAAUGA